UAUGCUCAAUUGCCCCCACCACCUUCAAACACUACAAUUUUUUUUUUUAUUAAUUAAUUUAUAGGUUACCAAAACUAGAUUAUAGAAUUUCUGUAUAUUCGGUUUGAUCUCCAUCAAAAUUAAAAACGAAAAAUAAAAAUUGUUCCGGUCUUCUAUUCCAAUGGUGGUUGAGCUAUCCACCUUUUCUUGGAACUACUCUCCAUAAAUUCAAGACUAUCAUUCCAGCUUUGUUGCAGUUAAUAUACUAGCCUUUAUAUUGUCCUAAUUUCCCGUUCUUGAUGUUCAAUUCUCUCUCUCCGUCACUCCCUGUCUAUCUCACCAACCAACCAUACAUGAACUGUUAUUAGGCGUGUAGGGCUUGCUAUCAAUUUGGCAUUUGUUAUUCUCUGGACGGUGAUUUAGCUCAGCCUAAUCUUUAGACCCUUUCUUUAUAAGUUAGCAAGAUCCUUCUUAUUUUCUCAGACAUACCAAAACCAAUUAAAAACAGAGCUAAUGGAUAGUAUUGAUAUGGAUAAGGAGAGAUUGACGGCGGAGAUGGCUUUUAAAGACAACUCCUCUGCCGUAAUCAAAAUCCGUCAACGUUUGCCUGAUUUUCUACAGUCCGUUAAGCUCAAGUACGUUAGGUUAGGCUAUGGAUAUUCAUGCAACCCGGCUACUAUACUCAUGUUUCUCACAAUUAUCCCUUUAUCCAUAGCCACGCUGGUUCAAAUCACCGGUCUUGAAUUAGACCUGCUUUAUGAGUUAUGGACCAAACGAUCCGUUCAACUCCAUGAAAUCGAUGUGGCCACAAGACUGGUCGGUUUUGCUCUGUUACUCGUCCUUCUUGGAGUCUACUUGGGCAAGCGGUCCAGACCGGUUUAUCUCCUCGACUUUGCAUGUUACAAACCGGAAGAUGAACGGAAGUUGUCGGUGGAGUCGUUUAUUAAAAUGACAGAAGAUUGCGGUUCCUUUGAGGCCGAAACAAUUCAAUUUCAGAAAAGGAUAUCGCUACGAUCCGGUCUCGGCGACGAAACGUAUUUCCCGAAAGGAAUAACCUCAAGACCGCCGAAUUUGUGCAUGGAGGAAGCCCGAAACGAAGCCGAGUCGGUCAUGUUUGGAGCACUGGACUCGCUUUUUGGAAAAACCGGAAUUAAGCCAAAAGAUAUAGACAUUCUAAUUGUAAACUGCAGUCUGUUUAAUCCAACCCCUUCUCUUUCCUCUAUGAUAGUGAAUCAUUACAAGCUUCGAACGGAUAUUAAGAGUUACAAUCUAGGCGGAAUGGGAUGCAGUGCAGGACUUAUCUCUAUCAAUCUUGCUAAAGAUCUUCUUAAAGCAAACCCGAAUAGUUAUGCAGUUGUGGUGAGCACAGAAAAUAUAACACUAAACUGGUAUUUUGGGCAGGAUAGGUCAAUGUUAUUACCUAACUGCAUAUUUCGCAUGGGCGGAGCUGCUGUUCUUCUGUCGAACAAGGCAAAAGACAGAGGGCGUUCCAAAUAUGAGCUGGUCCAUACGGUUCGAACCCAUAAAGGAGCUGAUGACAAACACUAUCAAUGCGUUUACCAAAGAGAAGAUGAUAAAGGAACCGUUGGGGUGUCAUUAGCUCGUGAAUUAAUGGCAGUAGCUGGAGACGCAUUAAAAACGAACAUCACUACUUUAGGUCCUUUAGUGCUGCCUUUAAGCGAGCAAUUCAUGUUUUUCGUUACUCUUGUUAGAAAGAAAGUGUUGAAAGCGAAAGUGAAACCGUAUAUACCUGAUUUCAAGCUUGCGUUCGAGCAUUUCUGCAUACAUGCAGGAGGUAGGGCUGUUUUGGACGAGUUGCAGAAAAAUUUGCAGCUCACUGAUUGGCACAUGGAGCCAUCAAGGAUGACUCUGCAUAGGUUUGGUAAUACUUCCAGUAGCUCCUUGUGGUACGAACUGGCUUAUACAGAGGCAAAGGGUCGGGUCUCGGGCGGGGAUAGGAUCUGGCAGAUUGCUUUCGGGUCGGGUUUCAAGUGCAACAGUGCGGUUUGGAAAGCGCUCAGGGCCAUUCCUUUGGGUGAAGAAAUGGGUAACCCAUGGGCCGACUCCAUUCACAGGUACCCGGUCAAGGUUCCCGUGGGUUAACUUGUUCAUUUCAAACAAUUAAGUGUCAUUUUAUUACAAGACUUUAAUUGUAACGUGGAUGUGGGUCUUAGCUGGACCUAUGAUCAAGCUCUUUGUAUUAAUACCCAUGUUCUCACCUGAUGAGAAAAAUUAUAUAAUUAUUGUGAAGAUUAAAUAUGGUUAUGAUAAUAAGUUUAGUUAUGUAAUUUCCGCUACAAGUUUGUAUGGGCAAAAAGAUGACAACAACAGAUUUGAGGUGUCCCCAAA